GAGAUAUUUCUAAUUUGAUAACAAAAAAUAAUUGAAACAACAAUAAAACCAUGUUUUCCUGAUAAAAGCAAGAUUCAAUAACAUAAGUGUAUUUCGUACCACCGUUUGUGAUGCAUUUCAUACUUAGUUUAUAAGUGAUUUUAGUUUAUUCUUCGUGUUAUUACAUACCAUUAAGGCUACAAAAUGACUGACUACACGCUUAGGAUAGCUGCGGAAUCUCUGCUGGGCGGCAGUUCGCAGUAUAGGACAUUAUCUCACUCACAGUCUGUGAACCUGGUGACGGAGGACCUGGUGGCGGGGCACCGGCCCGACGGCAGGAUGUCGACUGUCAGACGGUUCUUCUGUCUGUUUGUCACCUUCGACCUGCUCUUCACUAGUCUCAUGUGGCUUAUAUGCGUUAUGAUGAAAGGAGAAACGCUAGAACAGAUACUAAACAGAGAAAUAGUACAGUAUAACAUUAAAGUAUCGCUGUUCGACAUAGUCCUAGUGGCGAUAUGUAGGUUUUUCCUAUUAUUGCUAUUCUAUGGCGUGCUGUAUAUACACAACUGGAGCAUUAUAGCGCUCACCACGUCAGGAACGUGUGCCUUUUUAAUAGCAAAAGUUUUUGUAUUCGAUUGGCCAAACGCCGCGGAACCAGUGUUCCAGGUGUUCCUGAUCCUGGCUUCCUUCACUUUAUCCUGGGGGGAGGCCUGGUUCCUGGACUUCCGAGUGCUGCCCCAGGAGUUGCAGGCCAAGCAGAUCAUAGAGGCCAUAGCAGGCCACCACAAUCAAACUACAGAGCGGACGCCGCUCCUACCAGGCAAGCCGCAAGGCGUGGCGUCUACAGUAGGAGAAUCUACCGCCCAUUGGUUCUCUCCAGUGGAUUCCCCAGCUGGUACUCCAAGACCGGGGAUACAUCACCUAAUAUUAACUCAAGAGCAGAUAGAUGAAUACAAACGUAUGGCCGAAGAGAGUAUGCAACAAGCGUACAAAGUGAUAACACUACCUAACUGGAAGUUUGAGAAGCGCGGCGUAGCCAAGGGAGACAUAGUGGAAACGAGACACACUGAGAACUUUGGCAAGGUCUACCGGUUCACUGGCCUAGUGGACUGCCCUGCGGAGUUCUUGUUCAGAGAGUUCAAGGAGAACGUCACCAAACUACCGGAGUGGAACCCCACCAUACUCCGGAGUGACCUCAUCAAGGAGAUCGGAUCAGGAAUAGAUCUGUCGUACCAAGUGACAGCAGGCGGCGGCAAAGGGAUCAUAGCGCCUCGCGAUUUUGUUAUACUUAGGCGUUGCGCACCGCUCAACAAACAGGGUAUGGUGGUAGAAUCGGACCCCUACAGUUAUAUCAGCAGCGGAGUCAGUGUCACAGUGCCCGGAUAUCCCCCCAACAAGGAAUUCGUCAGGGGUAACAACAAAGUGGGUUGUUGGUACUUGAAGCCAGUGCUUGUGAGGUUACCAGACGGCACGGAAACGUACCAAACGCAGUUCCAGUGGCUGAUGUGCUGUGAUCUCAAAGGUAAAAUUCCCCAGUUCGUGCUUGACGCCGCCUUCGCGACAGUCAUGUUAGACUACAUCGUCCACGUCAGGAAAUUCGUCGCCGAAGCCAAAGCUAGAGGCAUGUGCUAACUAUAAUAUAAUUUACAGCACAUUUGGCGAUACAUUAACGCACGUGUGCGGAAAGGAGCGGUUUUCGAGUGUGUUUGUGCGGCGUAAAAAUACAGCGUGUGUAUUCCAUACGGUCGAAUAUCUUAAUGACGGUUAGUAUUAGACCUGAGGACCCUAACUACAUGUCUUUUUUUUAAUAGAUGAGAUAUUUUUGCAAUGUAUUAUGUCCACAUCAAUUAGCGUACUACCUAAACGUCAUUACGACAUGACAUGUCACGUCAAAUUAAUUGGAUGGUGUACAUUGCUGCUGGGCCAGAUUUCAAAAAUUAAUUAUUUUUAAUUAAUAACACCUUUUAACAAAAUGAUUAUCCUAUACGAUUCGUAUGAUCAGAUACUAUAACUGGAUAAAUUAUU